AACGAGGACCUCGACGAAUCAUGGCUAAAAAUGUCAGCCCCCUGCGUCGUUCAGAUGCAGUAGCUUCAAGCUCGAGUUGGGAAUCGGACUCCUUGACACUGUCACCCACAGAGACAGCUCCGUCUUGGCACGAUCCACUAAAUGAUGCUCAGCUUGACCCGACACCUUCAAAUUUGGAAACUCUAGUAAAAUGCAGUCAAUGCGCUUAUCUUGGACCGUUAUCUUCAUUUCCACUUCGCUUGAAUGGUAUCGGUUACCUCAAGACCUGUAUGAAGCACACAAAACGAAGAGUUGACUCGAAGUUAGGACACGAGUUGCCCCGAGUCAUUAACGCCUCUCCCAUUUCUUGGGAAGAAUUGCUGACGGAGAUACGUUCCCAGUCCCAGGAGCGUAUUGACAUCGAUCGUCACUUCAUGCUCAGCCCCUCGCAUCCAAGUGCAUCUGGUGAUACAUUUCUAGAACGCGCGAAUGCUCUGAUGGUGGAGGUGAAGCAAGCUGCCGGUUAUCGGUUCAACUAUAAGCGCCGUCAAGACAGCACGGUACCGACACGGAAGUCAAGUUCUUUCACCUAUUAUUGCGCACAACUUGAAGGGGAACAAACCAAGCAUACUCCCCAUCCGGAUGAAAAACGAAGACGCCCUAAGAAGCUGCCGAAGAUACCACGAUUCGUCUGCAACGGCUGGGCUACACUUACUGUAACGGACAGCACACCCUGCAUUUUUCGGCUAAAGCUUACCCACGCUUUCGCCCACGUCCCAUGUUUUACGAACCGACCCGCAGGGGCUGGCGCCGUGAGUGGACACCCUGUCCCGAGAUCGAAAGAGCAGCCUGCGGUGGAGAUACUGCAGCCUCAAAAACCCGAAUACGAUGUAUCAGCACCCGACGUGUCACCCAAUUCCCAGUCCCCUUCUACCAGCACCGCAACAGACGUAGCGAAGGCACAGGAGGAGGCACGCCCCUCAUCGUCAUCAGAUGAAGAACCCGACACAACUGUCGGCUGUAGCAUGUCUACGUUUGGAGAAUAUGCCGGGAGUCUAACCUCGGUACAAGCCUCCAACGUUCCCGAGAAGGUUUGUUUUCCACCGGAGUAUCUCGCGGAAGUGAAGCGAUGCACGGAAGUUCUUUUCGCUGAAGCAGAACGUGAUGGAGGGCUUCUUGUGGAUGAGGCGCAGGCACUAGGGAAUAUAUUCAACAGCAUUACAUCACUCGCGCUGGGAAUCGAAGUUAUUACAUUCCUCAGGUGUCGAGGGUCGAAGGCUAAGUUGAAAGUCCAUCUCAAGUUUCUGAAGUGUAAUCAGACCUUUGGAGGACACAUGCUGCAGCCGUUUCUUCCCGUUAAAGAGAGGCUGGUCACCUGCCUACUGCAGCCGGACGGACUGUGACGUUCUGACUUCCCCAUUUUUGCAUCGCUGAAUCCAUCUUACGAACUUGUGCAUUAACGGACCCUCAAUGGCGUGUGCUGUCGAAAGUCGCUCAGUCACUAGCACGCGGUCAACUUGUGAUCCGCCUGUCGUCACACUGACAUCGGAUAAAUUCCGGAUUAAAAAAAGUAUUGUUUACUGGGAAGGAAGUUCUCAACUUGUUGCAAAAGUGGUAUAUAGCACAUCGCCUUGCUGCUCUAGAAAGGGGUAGCCAAAAUGUUCCCGUCUCCCCUUGCUCUCCAGUUGAUAACUCAUGGAGUCAAAUGGC